AUGGCUAAAGUUGUUGUUGCUGUUGUUGUUAUACCAAAGGUUUCACAGUGCAAUAACUUUAGCAAGUUUUCUCUUGUCAUCUUUGCCAGCAACAGCGCAGCAUCAAGCGGCAUCUCUUGCAUCCGUGUUCAUUUCUUAUCGGCGAACAUAAAUCUCAAUGAGAGACAUUUCCCUCUGCUAAACAACAGCAACAGCAACAACACGACACAAUUGUUAUUUACACAUGCGUGUGAACAAUUAUUAUACGAUUUUCAUCAAACUCAACAUGCAUAUGGAAAUGAAAUGUUCUACUAUCACCAUCGGCGACAACACAUACAGCGAAUACGACACUUAAGCAUAUUCCUGCUGCUGCUGCUCUAUUUGUCACAAAUCAAAGCCUGGCGACCAUGUCCAGAACUGAGUCCAGCUUUGCGUUUACCCUGCAGAUGCAAUGUUGUUGCCUUUGGCUCAACGGGACAACUUGGCGCAGUGGCCAUGGAUUGUGAUCGUGCGGUAUUUCAUGGUGAAGCUCCACAGCUGCCAUACGGUGCUCCCAUCGUCUCGUAUUCUCAACGCUACAGUGGCCAACAGGUUCUGCCAUCACAGCACUUUGGUAACUUAAAUUUGCCCAUCGAAGAUUUGGAUUUGUCAAACAAUCUCAUAAGACGUUUGCCCGAAAAGGCAUUCGAUGGCCUAAAAGAGACACUGACCAGUUUGCGAUUGGCCAACAAUCUAUUGGGCGAUAGCCUAAAUCCAAUUUUCUCAACAGCCGAAUUCCAUCCAUUGAAUAACUUGAAAUUAUUGGAUUUGUCAGCGAAUAAAAUCAAAUCAAUUGAAGAGGGUCUGCUGAAGGGAUGCGGCGAUUUGAAGGAAUUCUUUAUGGAUCGCAAUAGCUUGACAGCAGUGCCAUCACACUCUCUAAAUGGGCCAACAGCCCUAAGGCAUUUAUCCUUAAGACACAAUCACAUAACCUUUCUCACCCACGAUUCAUUUAUCGCUCAAGGCGAAUUGGAAAUUAUCGAUUUGCGCUACAAUGAAAUUCGUUCGAUUGUUGGUGGAGCCUUCCGUGGUCUGCGUAAAAUACGAGAAAUAAAACUCUCCGGCAAUCGUAUAACUAAUCUCAACAGUGAUGUUUUCGAAGAUAUGCCCACUUUGCAAAAAUUGGAUUUAUCGGAAAAUUUCAUACAGAAAUUCCCCACAGUGGCCUUGGCGGCCAUAGAGCAUUUGAAGUCGCUGAAUCUAUCGUCGAAUAUGUUGCAGCGUUUCGAUGCCAGUCAUACACAAGUGCUUACAUCAUUGGAGUCCUUGGAUUUAAGCCGUAAUAGUAUUACCACAAUACCAUCGGGUACUUUCCGUGACUUGAAUGCUUUGAAAUAUUUGGACUUGAGUUUGAACUCUUUGCGAACGAUCGAAGAUGAUGCCCUAGAGGGUUUGGAUAGCCUGCAAACGUUAAUCAUACGGGACAACAACAUCCUACUGGUUCCAGGCAAUGCCCUUGGCCGCCUAUCCAAUUUGAAUGCCCUACAUUUGGAUUUCAAUCGUGUGGCUGCCUUGUCUGCUGAAAUACUGGGUUCCAUUCAGGCUUCAGAUAUCACCACCCUAACACUUUCACGUAAUGUCAUACGUGAGUUGCCUUCGGGAAGUUUCCAAAUGUUUAGCAAUUUGCGUUCGUUGGAUUUGUCAGGCAACUCAUUGGCUGUCAUAACCUCGGAUAUCUUCCAAGGCUUGGAGACUUCUUUAAAUGAACUAAAAUUAGGACAAAAUCGUCUCACUGGUCUGGGCAAUGCACCAUUGGCCUUGACUGAACUUAGGAGUCUGGAUUUGAGCUACAAUAACUUGGCUGAAAUACCCAAGAAUAUUCUGGAGGGCUUAGAGAAUCUGCAAUAUUUGAAUUUGAGUGGCAAUCAUCAUUUGUCACCCAUACCUGCUGCACUCAUAAGACCCUUGGCCCGCUUGCAAAUUGUGGACUUUAGCCAUUGUGCCAUGAAACAGUUGUCAGGGGAUUUGUUUGCCACACUGCAGGAUUUGAAGCACAUCUACUUGAAUGACAACAACAUACAGGAGAUCAAUGAUGGCUCCUUCAUGGAUUUGUGGAACAUCAGCUCCAUUGAUUUGUCCAAUAAUCAGAUAACCUCCAUACGGCCAGGGGCCUUUGUCAAUGUUAUGCAUUUGAGAAAACUAAAUUUGCGGGGAAAUCAAUUGUCCGCCUUCAAGGGAGAGUUCUUCAAUACCGGCACUGGUCUAGAGGAAUUGGAUAUAUCCAAUAAUCAUUUGAGCUACCUGUUUCCCUCCUCAUUCCGCAUACAUCCACGCUUGAGGCUUAUAUUGGCUGCCCACAACAAAUUCAGUUUCUUCCCUGCCGAAUUGAUAUCCAGCCUUCAGUAUUUGGAACAUGUGGACCUGUCCCACAAUCAGUUGAAGACCAUAGAGGAAUUGGAUUUUGCCCGUUUGCCACGUCUGCGGGUGCUAAAGGUGGCCCACAACCAAUUGGAUAUGCUGAGUGAAAUGGCCUUCCACAAUACCACCCAACUGCAGGUUUUGGAUUUCUCCCACAACAGCUUGGAUCGCAUAGGUGAGCGCACUUUUGAGGGCCUCAUACGCUUGGAGUCUUUAAAUCUGGAGAACAACAAACUAAACGAACUGGCCGAUGGCAUUUUCGAGAGGUCCAAAGUCCAACUGCUGGAGAGCAUUAACUUGGCAGGUAAUGACUUCGAAUAUGCUCCCCUCAAGGCCUUGCAGAGGCAAUACUUCUUUGUGUCCUCGGUGGAUUUGAGUCACAACAAGAUCACCUCCAUACCCAGCGAUGACAACAUCAUGGUGAAUAUUAAGACCUUGGAUCUGUCCUUUAACCCCUUGACCCAGGAUGCCGUUAGCCACAUCCUCAAUGAACCCAAAACUGUUAGGGAAUUAAAUCUGGCCGGCACUGGCAUUCAACAUUUGGAUGCCUUGGAGACACCCUUCCUGCAAUAUUUGAAUUUAUCACACAACAAAUUGAAGACCAUAGAGCCCCGCGUAUUCGAACGCACCACUCUGUUGGAGAAUCUGGAUUUGAGCAGCAACCUUUUGGAGAAUUUGACUGAUUUGUCCUCAGCCUGGCCAAAACUGCAGGUGCUACAAACCCUGGAUUUAUCGAACAACAGUUUUGAAAUCAUCUCCCAGGGAGAUUUUGGAAAAUUGCUGGCCCUGCGCUCACUUAAGCUCAACGAUAUGGCCAAGUGUACUCGCCUGGAGAAGAAUGCUUUUAGGGAUUUACCAAAUCUCUCUUCUCUGGAGGCCUACAAUUUGCCCUCUGUGGGUUAUUUGGAUCUGCAAGGCAUUAUGGAGCUACUGCCAGGUCUGGAAAUGCUCGAUGUGGAGGUUAAGGAUACUGCCUUGGGCAGUGAGCAAAUACAACCUGCCAAACAUCCCCGUUUGAGGUCCAUUGGCCUGAGAGGAGAUCGUUUGAAAACUAUAUCCUCGGGAACUUUGGCCGGCCUCAAGGGCGGUGACCUUACGGUGAAACUGCAAAAUACCUCUCUCACAUCUCUGCCGCCAGCUUUGUUAUUCCCGGUGCCUCGAUCCUCACAAUUAACGCUGGACAUUGAAGGUUCCAAGGUGGGAGUGCUAAUGCCUCAAUUCCUCAAUGCCUUGGAAGAUCGCCGCUCUAGUCUGCAAUUGAAGGGUCUCUCCUCCAAUCCCAUACACUGUGACUGCAAUGCCCGUGCCUUGCGCCGUUGGCUGCCCAAUUCCCAUAUGACCGAUUUGACCUGUCGCUCCCCUGAAUAUCUGGCCGGCAAGAAACUCAUAGAGGUGGGUGAUGAUGAGCUCACCUGUGAUCCACGCAAAAUGACCUCUACCACGGCGCGCAGCACUUCCACACAAAUUUUGAAAUCUUCCUCGCGUUUGGUGACUCGCCCUACCAUGACCACCACCGAAGAACCUCCCAUGAUUAUAUGGAGCAUGGAACCCACUCAAGCACCACCCAUGAAGAUUAAGACCAAGGCUCCCCUAAUGAAAGCUCCCAUAAUGACCAACGAUGACACUCUGAUUAUAGGCAUUGUGGGUGGAGUGGUGGCCUUCAUAGCCAUUUUGAUUAUCAUCAUUUGCAUAGUACGCUUGCGCAUGAGCAAUGCCGACUAUCACAAUGCUCCCGCCAUGAUUGGUAUACCCCCCAUGCCCAUAGGUCCGGGUAGUGUGCCACUCAGCUAUAAGGGAGCUCCUGCGGCAGCAGCAGCCGCUUUAUAUGCUGUGCCCCCCUAUGCUACUCAAAACUAUGCCACCCUGCCGCAUAAAACCGCCUCCAUACAUCAGUCCACACAAAGUUUGUCACAACGUCAACAACAGCAGCAGCAACACCAACAACAACAGCAGCAGCAGCAACAACAAACCUAUUCAUCAAGAAUGUCCUAUUUCGGGGGUUCAACACCGCAACAUCAGCAGGCAUCUUCGAAUCUAUCGAACAAUCAACCCUAUAUAAUUUAUUCAGAUGAUAAAGCUUACAGAUAAGCUUUUUCAAGCAAUUUAGUUUAUAUUAUGUAGCAGGAAGGAGAGUAAUGUAUUUUUUUUGAAAAUUUAUAGGAAAUAAUUUAAAUUUUUGGCUGAGCUUUAAAUGGGUCGCGUAAUAUUAGGAAACUUAGGAGAAUGUUAGAGAAGCAAAAAUUAUAGCUUAAAGCUUAGAAAAGCUUAAUGGAAAUUAGAUGAAAGCUUUACGGUUAAGAAGAACUUAAU